GUUCUCGCGCGAUUGGGCGAGGUUUCCGGUGUUGUGACUGAAACCCGUCAAUAUGGCGGCGAUCGGCCGCGGCCGCUCGCUCAAGAACCUCCGCAUCCGAGGGCGGAAUGACAGCGGCGAGGAGAACGUCCCGCUGGACCUGAGCCGAGAGCCUUCUGAUAACUUGCGGGAGAUCCUCCAGAACCUCGCCAAACUGCAAGGAGUCUCAAACAUGAGGAAGCUUGGCCAUCUCAAUAACUUCACGAAGCUUCUUUGUGACAUUGGCCACAGUGAAGAGAAACUGGGCUUCAGCUAUGAGGACAUCAUCAUUUGUUUGCGGCUAUCUUUACUAAAUGAAGCAAAAGAAGUCCGAGCAGCGGGGCUCCGAGCUCUUAGACAUCUCAUCCAGGAUUCCAGUAUCUUGCAGAAGGUGCUAAAAUUGAAAGUGGACUAUUUAAUAGCUAGUUUUUGCCUGUUACUUAGGUGCAUUGACAUACAGCAGAGCAACGAGGUCGAGAGGACACAGGCUCUCCGAUUAGUGCGAAAGAUGAUCACUGUGAAUGCUUCCUUGUUCCCUAGCUCUGUGGCCAACUCUCUGAUAGCAGUUGGGAAUGAUGGACUUCAAGAAAGAGACAGAAUGGUCCGAGCAUGUAUUGCUAUUAUCUGUGAACUAGCACUUCAGAAUCCAGAGGUGGUGGCCCUGCGAGGUGGACUAAACACCAUCUUGAAAAAUGUGAUUGACUGCCAGUUAAGUCGCAUAAACGAGGCCCUCAUUACUACGAUCCUGCACCUCCUUAAUCACCCAAAGACUCGGCAGUAUGUGCGAGCUGAUGUAGAAUUAGAGAGAAUUUUAGCACCCUAUACUGAUUUCCACUACAGACACAGCCCAGACACCGCUGAAGGACAGCUCAAAGAGGAUAGAGAAGCGAGGUUUCUAGCCAGUAAAAUGGGGAUCAUCGCCACAUUCCGCUCCUGGGCAGGUAUUAUUAACUUAUGCAAACCUGGAAACUCUGGGAUCCAGUCUCUAAUUGGAGUGCUCUGCAUACCAAAUAUGGAAAUAAGGAGAGGUUUGCUUGAAGUGCUUUAUGACAUUUUCCGUCUUCCUCUGCCUGCCGUGACUGAGGAGUUCAUAGAAGCACUGCUCAGUGUAGAUCCGGGCAGGUUCCAGGACAGCUGGAGGCUUACAGAUGGCUUUGUAGCAGCUGAGGCAAAGACAAUUCUUCCCCAUCGUGCCAGAUCCAGGCCGGACCUCAUGGAUAACUAUUUGGCACUGGUGCUCUCUGCGUUUAUUCGCAAUGGACUUUUAGAGGGUUUGGUGGAAGUGAUAACAAACAGUGAUGACCACAUCUCAGUCAGAGCUACCAUUCUUCUCGGAGAGCUUUUGCACAUGGCAAACACCAUCCUUCCGCACUCGCACAGCCACCAUCUGCACUGUCUGCCGACCCUAAUGAAUACAGCUGCGUCCUUUGAUAUUCCCAAGGAAAAGAGAUUGCGAGCCAGUGUGGCCCUGAACUGUUUGAAGCGCUUCCAUGAGAUGAAGAAACGCGGACCUAAGCCCUACAGCCUUCAUCUGGAUCACAUCAUUCAGAAGGCAGUUGCCACACACCAGAAACGGGAGCAGUGUCUCCGAGUUCAGAAAGAUCUAUUUGUUCUUAAGGACACAGAGGAAGCUCUUCUGACGAAUCUUAGAGAUUGUCAAGUCCUUCAGCAUAAAGAGAAUCUGGAAUGGAAUUGGAAUCUUAUAGGGACAAUUCUCAAGUGGCCAAAUGUGAACUUGAGGAGCUGCAAAGAUGAGCAGCUGCACAGGUUUGUGCGCAGACUGCUGUAUUUCUACAAGCCCAGCAGCAGGUUGUACGCCAGCCUGGAUCUGGAUUUCGCCAAGUCCAAGCAGCUCACGGUGGUAGGCUGUCAGUUCACAGAGUUUCUUCUCGAGUCCGAAGAGGACGGGCAAGGGUACUUAGAGGACCUGGUCAAGGAUAUUGUCCAGUGGCUCAGCACCUCUUCUGGAAUGAAGCCUGAGAGAAGUCUUCAGAAUAAUGGUCUGCUGACUACCCUAGGUCAACACUACUUCUUAUUUAUUGGGACGCUUUCUUGUCACCCUCAUGGGGUGAAAAUGCUGGAAAAAUGCAGUGUGUUUCAGUGUCUCCUUAACCUUUGCUCCUUGAAAAACCAAGAUCACUUGCUUAAACUGACUGUUUCCAGCUUGGACUACAGCCGAGAUGGGCUGGCGAGAGUCAUCCUCUCCAAAAUCCUAACCGCGGCCACUGACGCCUGCAGGCUGUAUGCCACUAAGCAUCUGAGAGUCCUGUUGAGAGCGAAUGUUGAGUUUUUCAAUAAUUGGGGAAUUGAAUUACUGGUGACCCAACUGCAUGAUAAGAACAAAACAAUUUCUUCUGAAGCUCUUGAUAUUCUUGACGAGGCGUGUGAAGACAAGGCCAACCUCCAUGCGCUCAUUCAAAUGAAGCCAGCUUUAUCCCACCUUGGGGAUAAGGGCUCACUUCUCCUCCUGAGAUUUCUUUCUAUUCCAAAAGGGUUUUCCUAUCUGAAUGAAAGGGGCUACCUAGCCAAGCAGCUGGAAAAGUGGCACAAGGAAUAUAAUUCAAAAUACGUCGACCUGAUUGAAGAACAGCUCAACGAAGCGCUGACCACUUACAGGAAGCCAGUCGAUGGUGACAACUACGUCCGUCGGAGUAACCAGAGGUCGCAGCGUCCUCAUGUCUACCUGCCUGUGCACCUCUACGGACAACUGGUUCACCACAAGACGGGCUGCCAUUUGUUGGAAGUACAGAAUAUUAUUACAGAACUCUGCCACAGUGUCCGCGCACCAGAUUUGGAUAAGUGGGAAGAAAUAAAAAAACUAAAAGCAUCUCUCUGGGCCUUGGGAAAUAUCGGCUCAUCAAAUUGGGGUCUCAACUUACUUCAAGAAGAAAAUGUGAUUCCCGAUAUACUCAAGCUUGCGAGACACUGUGAGGUUCUUUCCGUCAGAGGGACCUGUGUAUAUGUCCUUGGGCUCAUAGCCAAAACCAAGCAAGGCUGUGAUAUUCUCAAGUGUCACAACUGGGAUGCUGUAAGGCACAGUCGCAGACAUCUGUGGCCAGUGGUUCCAGAUGACGUGGACCAGCUUUGUAAUGAGCUGUCGUCUAUCCCAAGCACCCUCAGCCUGAACUCAGAGUCAACCAGUUCUCGGCAUAAUAGUGAAAGUGAAUCUGCGCCGUCCAGUAUGUUCAUCCUGGAAGACGACCGCUUCGGCAGCAGCACCACCAGCACAUUCUUCCUUGACAUCCACGAAGACGCGGAACCUGCAUUCUUUGAUCGGCCAGGACCUGUCAAGGAUAAAAACUCAUUCCCUUUCUUUGCUUCCAGCAAACUUGUGAAGAAUCGCAUCUUAAAUUCUCUUACUUUACCUAAUAAAAAACAUCGUAGCAGCAGUGACCCAAAAGGAGGGAAAUCAUCCUCUGAGAGUAAGUCGAGCAGCAGGAGAGUCAGAACUCUGACGGAGCCCAGUGUCGACAUCAGUCACAGCGACGACUUCAUCAGCCCCUCACCCAUAGUGCAGAAAACGCUACAGUUAGAAACUUCAUUCGUUGCCAGUAAGCGUGUGGAAGACACGGGCAGUACUCCGAGUCUCGGGGAGAGCGACUUCAAGUUCAACAAGAUUCUCGGUACAGAGAAUCACAAAGAAAACACCAGCCGAGAGAGAUUGGUUGUGGAAGGUUCCACGAGCUCACAUAUGAAGAUCCGAAGCCAGAGUUUCAACACAGACACUACGACGAGUGGCAUCAGCUCCAUGAGCUCGAGCCCCUCCCGGGAGACAGUGGGUGUGGACGCGGCGGCUGUGGACACAGACUGUGGCAGUAUGAGCACUGUGGUAAGCACUAGGACCGCGAGGGCCGGCCACUUCCUGACUGCCCGGUCUAACCACCUCUCCCUCUCCAAGUCAAACUCCGUGUCCCUGGUGCCUCCAGGCUCUGCCCACACCCUUCCCAGAAGAGCACAGUCCCUCAAAGCCCCAUCUGUCGCCACAGUUAAAAGUCUAGCAGACUGUCACUUCAGUUACACGAGUCCUAGAGAUGCCUUCGGCUACGCCACGCUGAAAAGAUUGCAGCAGCAAAGAAUGCACCCGUCCCUGUCACACUCGGAGGCUUUGGCGUCUCCAGCAAAAGACGUGCUGUUUACAGACACCAUCACCAUGAAGGCCAACAGCUUUGAGUCCAGGUUAACACCCAGCAGGUUCAUGCGAGCCCUAAGUUACGCUUCGUUAGAUAAAGAAGAUUUGCUAAGUCCCAUUAAUCAGAAUACCCUGCAGCGGUCUUCCUCGGUGAGGUCCAUGGUGUCCAGCGCGACCUACGGCAGCUCAGACGACUACAUUGGCCUUGCUCUUCCGGUUGACAUCAAUGAUAUAUUCCAGGUAAAAGAUACUCCUUAUUUUCAAACAAAAAACAUGCCUCCUCAUGAUGACCGAGGUGCUAAGGCGUUUGCCCAUGACGCAGGAGGUCUUUCGUCUGGGGGCCUUGGGAAGAACUCCUUUCACUUGCUGCGCCAGCAGAUGAGUCUCACGGAAAUCAUGAACUCCGUCCAUUCGGACGCCUCUCUGUUUCUGGACGGCACAGAGGACACUGGGCUGCAGGAGCACACAGGCGACAACUGCCUUUACUGCGUCUGCAUCGAGACCCUGGGUUUCCAGCCCAGCAGCCAGCUGAGCGCCGUCUGCAGCCACUCAGAUCUUCAAGACAUUCCGUACUCUGACUGGUGUGAGCAGACCGUCCAUAACCCGUUGGAAGUGGUGCCCUCUAAGUGUUCAGGGAUUUCUGGAUGCAGUGACGGAGUCUCUCAGGAAGGCUCAGCCAGCAGCACCAGAAGCACAGAAUUGCUACUAGGUGUCAAGACGAUUCCGGAUGACACGCCGAUGUGCCGUAUACUCCUGCGCAAAGAAGUCCUGAGAUUAGUAGUCAACUUGAGCAGUUCAGUUUCCACCAAGUGCCACGAGACUGGCCUUUUAACGAUCAAAGAGAAGUACCCUCAAACAUUCGACGACAUCUGCCUUUACUCUGAGGUGUCCCACCUGCUGUCCCACUGCACGUUCAGGCUGCCCUGCCGGAGGUUCAUCCAGGAGCUGUUUCAGGACGUACAGUUUCUGCAGAUGCACGAGGAGGCUGAGGCCGUGUUGGCGACACCACCAAAGCGACCCGUGGUCGACACGUCGGCGGAGUCCUGACCUCCCACUCAGGGCGUCUGGAGAGACGCGCUGAAUAUGUUCGGACUUGCGGAUUCCUGCGAAGCCUCGGAAGGUGCUGACCGCCUGGGCAGAGGACAGGGGCAUCUUCCGGACACUGUCCAGCGGCGCCCGCUGGCGGAAUGGCUGGAACGACAGACUGUCGGAACCCAAAGGACUUCCUGUGCCCCGUCGAGCCCUGUGGCAGCUGCCGUCGCACCCCUGACCCCCCGGCGGCGCCGUCACAGCGGUCACAGCGGGGCUCGCACACGCCUCCCCGGUCCCCACCGAGUCCUCGCGGUCGGCAGCAAGAUGCCUUGUUCGGGAGCCGACGCGGUGCGCCGUCCUGCCGGUGGCAGAGGGCGGCCCGGGGCCGCGGCUGUGUCUGGCGUCCGUAACACUACUCGGGAGGGAGGCCUCCGGCAGGAGCACGGCGAAGGUCCCAGUCGCGUCGCCCGCCUGUCUCCUCGGUUCUCGCCGCGUCGUGCUGUCAGAGGCCACUUGAGCCAAGUAAGGUUUUUCACUACAGCUCCUCAUUAAAAUCAAAGUCAUUUUCCCAUGCCCAGUGUUUUCUCACUUAUGACAUGCAGACACUUUCGGUGGGCCGCCACUGUCCACCGCCCACAUGACCGCAGGGACUUGAACAGGCCUCGUCCGGGUCAGCGGCAGGGAGCCUUCCUUCGGCCACGGGGAGAGGAGGCUGCCGUGAGGACAGGCCGCUAGUGGUCCUGGCGGUGCUGCCGCAGUGAGCGGGGAGCCUUAAUCAAACAGCCCAUGGCAAAGCAGCCGUGAUCUGACUUGGUGUCGGUGUUCCGGCAGCACCAAGUCGGCCAGCGCGUGAGUGCAGCCUGCCUCUGUCUCACACAGUGAAGUUGGGGUGGUGAGGGCAGAGUUUUCUUUUACUCGGAGAUGCCGAGCGUACCUGGCUAUCUUCACAGGAACUAAACGUAUAUGCACAUCUGUACAGAAAAUAGCAUGGCCGUCCUCGCUAGAAUGCUUGUAAAUAAAAGAAUUCUUUUUGGAGGUCUCUGUAAAUAGGGGAAAACCCAGCUGGACUGAGGGGAACCGUUUUCAACCUCACCUGUGUGUGUCGUCUUUCUAAUCUUGCAUCGGCGUUGACGCGGCGGCUGUGCGCGGGUGGGCCCCUGCCCGGGUCACGGCUUCCUGCCAGGUCUCGUGACGGCCCGUGAAGCAGGACCCGCAGCUGCAGCCUCCUUCAGCCGGCCCUGGCGGCGCCCCUUGGAGGGGCUCUCCUGCGUGCUGAUGGCAGCUUUGACUGUCCGCCCCGAGUGGGCGGACGAGGGCUGUGGGCUGCUGCCUACGCUGAAAGGGGUCUUUAGACAUUUCCUCUCAGUCCCACUCAAUGAAGCAGAUACUGUUUUAAUCUUUAAUUUAUUGUUGCACUCCAGUGUUUAUUUAAAUGUCAGCAGUACUUGGAAGAACAUUGCCCAUCUCACCCAGCUUUGGUGUUCGGUGACGGCGCCUUCCGGAGAGUUCCUAGAGCCCCAGCAGGGGCUGAUCUUACUGGCUCGGGGUCAGCACAGCCUAGGCAUCCGCUCGUGAACACUACCUCAGCUAACACAGAAUAUGAGCUCUGUGGGUCGGUCUCUUACAGGUAACGGUAAUGUCUUCUCAUCACCCACACGUGGCCCUCCCGACCCCUCAGCUACCCACCCCAGGCGAAAGUCUUCUUUGUGCUCUGCUGGACAGGUUACUUUUUUCUUAUUAUUUCAAAGAGAACUGUAUGUACACAUCCUGAUACUUGCCUACAGCACUGAGUUAGUGAAGCCCCGCGGGAAUCGACAGUAAGAAAAUCCCUGGAGCUAAAGUCGGUAGUGCUGCUGGCUCCGGUCUCUCCUGGCAGGCUUAAUACGUCGAGGUACUUGUUAGCAAGAAAUCAGACUUCUGCGGUGAAAAUGCUCCCGUGCAGUGUGCCAAGUGGCUAGCUUAGGGGUUUGAAUUAAGUUAGUCAUAGAGCAGAAAAGGUCAGGAGAGGUGUCGUGUCGGCGGUGACAGAAGUAAUUGAGAAACUCACCGAUAAAUAAUAGAUAUUAUCAGGCUAUAUAGAACAUCAAAAUAACGUCACUACUGUAGUUUUUCAAGAUUUUAGAACUAAUACUGGUCCAUUUAAAUUUAUACUAUGAUUAAAUAAUGUGGAGCAAUGUGGGCAGUUGUGUUAACUGUAAACUGAAUUUCUAAUUGUCAUUUCUAAUGGAAUUUUUAAGAAGAGAUUUUGGCUUCACAUACUAAGUAAAUUCUGAUAAGUAAAGAAAUUAGACAUUUAGUAUUAGUAACUGAAUGAUCUAAAAUUUCCUAUACUUUUACUUUCUAUGUAUGCUUAGGUAGAUUUGAGGGAGAAUAAAAGACUUCUCCCUAAUUCUUUUUCUAAUAAAGAUUGCUAGCAUAAGAACAAUUCCGUAAGACAGUGAGUUCAACACAGGCUCUUUGGAGUUAAACACACUAUUACAUUGGCGACUGUAGCAUCAUCCUGUGCUUAAGUUCUCUUUGAGAGGCGGCUUGAAUCCCAGCUCUCACCCACACCCGAGACGACUGUCUCCAGUCGCCGCCGGUCAGAACGGCCGAGUGUCCCGCAGCCGAGUGUCAGCACCUCUUCAGACCUGUCCGUUCCUGUUUCUGUGAUUUCCCCACUCCGUUCAGAGGACGCCUUUACCUCCACGUUAAAGCAGAUCACUGAGCAAUAAAAACGGACCGUGCCGAGCACUUCUGCAUGCUGACGUGAGGUGCCAGUUCUGUGUGAGGGGAGCUGGGGACACGGCCUUGCAGGUGAGGCUUUUGCCGCCCGCCCUUUCCCUCCAGUUCCGUCUCAGACCCACCGCCCCUGCAGACGCGGCAGGUGAAGUCUGGAGUUCACCUGAGCGCUUUCAGGAGAACAUUUCGAUUUUUCAGCUGGAACGUUGAGGAGGGGUCCCCUUGCCUCCCCCGUCGGGAAUCCAUUCGUGUGGGUUUAAGGUCACCACUCCGGUGAGUUUCCUCAUAGACGUAGCCAGUGGCCUUCCUGAGAGCAGAGCUGAAAGGACACGGCAGCCUCUGGAGGCCUCGGCUCGCUCCAGGUUCCCGUGGCACCUGUCCUGCGGCCGUGUCUGUGAUGUGUGUGAGCAGCUGUGCCGUGGAUGCGUGGGACUGCGCAUUCUCAAACCUUCCCUUCUGUGACGAUUUCACUGGAAAAAUACGAUCCAUGCCAAAAAGACUAUCCUUUGUGCUUUUGCCACUAAAUAGUGUGAUUGAGCACCAAAAUGCAAAGCCUUGGGCAGGAGGGGAGGGGAAGGAGGGCUUCAGAGAUGUUGGUGAAAACCAAAAGGCUCCGGAACCGCAUUAUAGAGGACAAGCACUGGUGUCCGUGGUUGGGAAAGGGGGGGGGGGGGCUGUGGAGACCACCCGGGACUCGGACUUGGCCCCUUGUCUGGUCGAAACGCUGCUACCUGUGUGGGGCUUCUGCUGAAUGCAGGCCACUGAGCAGACAUUGGAAUCGGAUUUCUAUUGUAUAACUGUAACAUAGAAAGAGUAUUUAUAUAUUUUCCGUAAAAAUAUUCCAUUGAGUCCUGUAUAAUUUAAGUAAGAUUUGUUUCCGAACGGUUUUGCUCACCUUGAUUUUGUUUGGUUUUUUUGGCUUCCUUGUUUUUGUAUAAUGUGUACAGUUUAUGUCAAGGGCAUUACGAGCCUCCUGAAACAUAGAUCUCAAAGGGACACGUUGUUAAUAAAAUGUACUUAAGUUCUUAAA